AUGGUGAGACGACUUCCAGGAGAUAUCGAAGAUGGACCUGGUAAUGGGCUCGGGGUUGGGGGCGAGAUUCCCAAGGCGAAGUUGCCAGAAUCAUCAGCGAACUGGCUGUCGAUCUUGCUAUUCGCAUGGCUGAGCCCGACCCUGAGAAUAGGCUACACCAGGCCUCUACAGGCUGACGACUUGUAUGAUAUGCCCGACAAUAGGCGGGCCGAAAAUCACGCCGAUAAACUCGAGCACAGUUGGGCGGCGAGGAUGAAAAGAAACAGAAAUAUGCCAGCCGAGUCCGGUUCGUGGAAGCCAUUUUGGAUGCGUCGCAGGAGCGACAGCACAGUCCUGGCAAUGUCGCUCAACGACGUCUGCUUCCGCUGGUUCUGGCUUGGCGGCAUGUUCAAGCUGGCUGGCGAUCUCACUCAAAUGGUGACGCCGCUGAUUAUCCGUUUCGCUAUCUCCUACCUGUCCGAUCCGUCCCCGUAUGCCACACGUGCGGGAUUCGGCCUCGUUACCGGCCUUUUCCUCGUCCUCGUUUUCUCGGUAACCUCCAACGUGCAUGGCUUCUACCGAUCAUAUACGACUGGCGUUCUACUCAGAGGCGCACUUAUGCACACGAUCUACCGUCGGGCGACGUCGGACCAGCUCACGGAGAGGGCCAAGCUACGCAACGGCUACACGGGAGUUGGCAAGCUCAUGAGUCUGAUGAGCGCCGACGUGACGCGAAUUGACUUUUGCUGCGCGUAUUUCCACUCGGCCUGGACUAGCAUCCUCCAGAUGCUGCUGUGCUUCGCCCUGACCGUGUGGACCAUGGGCUACAGCGCCCUGCCUGGCUUCGGCCUGCUGGUGUUGCUGUACCCCCUGCAGACCUUCAUGGUGGGCAUGUUGCUGAAGCUUCGGAGGGGCAGCAUGCCCUUCACGGACGCAAGAGUCAAGGCCGUUGUGGAGGCCGUUUCAGCGAUUCGGCUCGUCAAGACCAAUGCCUAUGAGGAGAGCCUCCUCGCUAAGAUCGGGCACCUCAGGGGUGACGAGGUUGUUUACAUCCGCAAGCGAAUGCUGUUCCGGGCACUCAACACUGCGGUUUCUUAUACGGCACCGAUGAUCGCUGCGGUUCUGGCAAUCGUAACUUACGGGGCUACGCAGGGUGGCCUGAAGGCUGAUGUUAUUUUCUCAUCACUCACCUUCUUUAUGCUGCUGAGGACGCCGUUGCAGGCUUUACCUGUGGCGCUUUCAGCCAUUGCAGAUGCCCGUGCAGCGCUUGAGCGCUUGUCCAUCUUUAUGCUUGCUUCAGACACGGGUGGCCCAAUCCCCCCGAAGUUCGUGGGCAGCCGCAUAAACCCAGAACUUGAUGGGGAGAAGCCAGCCCAGACAGUUGUGGUGGUCGAGAGCGCUACCUUUGCUUACCACGAUCACGAGGAUCUUCCGGGCGAAAGAAGCGAGACUUUUUCUCAAAACACCACGGAGACGGUCCAGCUUGAGAAGAAGCAGGAAGCAGCCGGCAGUCCAGCUUUGACAGCACAAUCUCAGAAAGCUCAAAGGCUGCACAUCGACUCACUCAUCGUCGAGAGGAACCAGCUCGUCUGUAUCGUUGGGCCCGUUGCAUCCGGGAAGACGUCCAUAUUCCGUGCUCUUAUGGGAGAUAUGCACCCCAUCCAAGCCCAGAAUUGCCAGGUCAACACGCCCUCGCUCGCCUACGCGCCCCAGUCUGCCUGGCUGCUCAGCGAGACAGUCAGGGAGAACAUCCUCUUCGGCCGGCCCUUCGACCAGGCCUGGUACCAGGAGGUACUGACUCGGUGCUGUCUUCACCGGGACAUGGAGAGGCUGCCAGAGGGAGACAGGACAGUGGUAGGAGAGAUGGGCGUGUCGCUCUCAGGUGGUCAGAAGCAGCGUAUCAGCCUGGCCAGAGCCAUCUACGGCCGGAGCCCGCUGCUAUUCCUUGAUGACUGUUUUUCGGCUUUGGAUGCGGACGUCGGCAAGCAAGUUUUUGAGAUGGUGGUAAACCGUGCUCGUCGCAAUAAGGAAGCUACUGUCGUGCUCGUCACGCACUCAAUGGUUCUCGCCUCGCAGGCGGACCGCGUGGUAUACAUGGACAGAGGCCGCAUCGUAGAGCAGGGCGAAUUUGCGUUUCUCUCUCGUCGUGGUGGUCCAUUUACUCGUUUUGUUGGAACAUCCAUGGACUCAUGGUCAGCUGCGCAGGACGAAGAGAAAACUUGCGACGAGCAUCGAGGAGGAGAGUCGAGGCGAGAACCCCCCUCGUCGGAGUCUGCCUCAUCUGAGGAAGGCCCAGAGACCAACAAUGGCAACAAGAAGAAGCCACAAGCGGAAGGUCGCGGGAAGGAUAUAAUGCAGAAAGAAGAGCGCCUGGUCGGUUCUGUCAGCGGCAAGACAUAUCUUCGCUACGUCCUGAUGGGCAACGCAUACAUCACGGUGCCGCUAUUUGUGACCUCAAUAUUCAUCUACCAGGGCACGAGCGUCGUCUCGCCGCUGUGGUUGACGUGGUGGGAGGGUGGCAAGUACCCGAACAUCACCGAGUCCGAGUAUAUGGGUGGCUACGCGGCAUUCGGAAUAGGGCAGUCGGUCGGGCUAUUCUGCAUGAGCGCCAGCUUUGCUCUCUUCUGCUUCUACUGCUCCAACCGGCUGCACCACGCCGCCAUUGCCCGCGUGCUACACGCUCCCGUGGCGUUUUUCGACACAACACCCCAGGGCCGCAUCACGCACCGCUUCAGCAAGGACGUCGAUGCUGUCGAUAACGUCGUCGGAGAGACGCUGCGCCUGUUCAUCUCAACCACCGUCCAAGCCAUUGGCACCAUCAUCCUCGUCACCAUCAUCCUACCGCCCUUUCUCGCCAUCGCCGCCGUGCUGCUGCUGGUCUAUACCUGGACGGGCAUGUACUACCGCCCCUCUGCCCGCGAGCUGCGCCGCCUUAACAACUUGCUGCGCAGCCGCAUCUAUGAGCAUUUUGGCGAGUCGCUCUCCGGCCUGGCCACGCUCAAGGCGUUUGGUGCCGUCUCCCGAUUCGUAGAGGAUAACGCCCGCCGCAUUGAUACCGAGAACACGGCCUACUGGAUGUCGGUGGCUUGUCAGCGGUGGCUCAACCUACGUUUGGACCUUUGCGGUGCAGUGCUCGUAUUCAUCACCGGCCUGCUCGUGGUUGGGCUCCGCGGCACGAUCAGCGCCUCAGCUGGCGGUGUGGUGCUCUCUUACGUUGUCCAGGCCCAAUCCGUCUUCGGCAACAUGAUCCGCCAAAGCGCCGAGAUCGAGAACAACAUGAAUUCGGUCGAAAGGAUGUUGCACUACGCGUACAACAUUGAGCAGGAGCCACCCUAUGAGGUUGACAAUGUUGACAAAGACCUGGAGGCUAAGGCGUGGCCGCAAAAUGGUCAUGUUGAGUUCAGGGACCUUACUCUCAGCCACCGGCCUGGUCUGCCCCCGGCGCUGAGGGAGGUUACGUUGGACAUUAGGCCUGGCGAGAAAGUUGGCAUUGUUGGGCGCACUGGCGCAGGAAAGACUACUCUGAUAUCGGCCCUAUUAAGGAACACGGAGCCCACGAGCGGGAAGAUUGUCAUCGACGGAAUCGACAUACACACAAUUGGUCUCAGUCUGCUGCGGUCAAGCAUGUCAGUCAUAAGUCAGGAUGCUGUGCUGCUUGCCGGCACUAUUAGAUACAACCUGGAUCCAUUCCAGCAAUAUGACGACGGCUGGCUGCAGAAGUGCCUGAGCAGGGUCAAGCUCGCAGGUACGGAUGAACAAAAAGAGAUUUUCGACGCAAGCCCUAGCCCAACCGCCAGCGAAGACAUGAUCGAGCUCGAGAAGCAGGAGACUGCCCUCUCAGUGCGCGGGACAGGAGGCCUCAGCCUGGACUUCGAGGUCAAGGAGAACGGGGCCAACAUCUCCCAAGGCCAGCGGUCGCUUAUCUCUAUCGCGCGAGCAUUGGUGAGACGGUCGAAGAUCGUCAUUAUGGACGAGGCCACAGCUUCGAUUGACGGGCAUGCGGACGCAAAACUGCAGGAAAUGCUGAAUGAGGUCCUCGGGGAUGCGACAGUUCUGACCGUGGCCCAUCGCCUGGACACUAUCAUCACUACGUGCGACCGCGUUGUUGUGAUGGAUCACGGGCGUGUGGCUGAGUUUGACGGCAUCCCAGAGCUCUUUGCCCAGCGCGACAGUAUUUUCAGGUCGCUUUGCGAUGCGUCCAAGAUUACUGUCUAG